GACACGGUAAAGGAAAGGAUUAGCACCUAUUGACUCAAAAAUAGAAGUAAAACAUAUAAUUUAUUGUUAAUAUUGAUAAAGAAAGAAGCUUUAACUUUUAACAUACUGGCUAAAAGAAGCUGCUUUUACAAUUAAGGCAUAGUAAACAAACGUGGCUGAACGGAUCAUUGGUUUCGUAACAUACUAUUGAUGGACGAAAGCAAUUUAUACAGCGUUUUAGAAGCAUUAAAUGUUGUUCACGCGCCUGAAUCUAGUCGAGAAGCUCGAUUUGAGGCUCAAGGGUUACUAGAUAAUCUGAAAGAGUCUUUCGAUAACAGUGGCUCAGGUUUCCAAUUACUCAAUCUAAAUGGUGAAGUUAUAAAAGCUCGAGGGUACAAAAUUGAUAUUCAUGUGAUCCGACAUUUUGCAUUGAGCCUUUUCGAAGCAAGCAUUAAUAGUAACUGGAAGAAUUAUGAUGAUCAAACGAAGCAUUCUCUAAUUUCAUUCCUUUGUGCCUUUUCUUUGCAAAACUCAGAUGCUCUCUCCGUUUAUUAUGUUCGUAACAAGCUUGCUUCUGUCUUUAUAGAAAUAGUGAAACGAGAUUGGUAUAGUCAUGUUUGGAGAGAAGAUUUUGAUUUAUUUUUGCAAUCCCUCUGGGGUAUGAACGUGGAGCAUCGCCAACUUUCUUCUUUCAUAUUACGUGGCAUCAUGGAGGAUUUAUAUCAGUAUGAUGACCCUGUCGCAUCCCUUCGCUCUCAUGUUCUGUUUAAUGCGUUAAUCAGUGUUUUAUCCUCUUCUCGCACUCUUCACAAGUUAUAUCCAUCCGGUCUCCCUUAUUCUGUAUCUAUUCCCGAAAAUAACGAAGGAUGGUUGAACCGUUGGUCAUCGACACUUGAAAGUGAAACCGAUGCACUAGAAAGUCUGAAAUGCUUCAAAAGUUGUCUUUCUUGGGUUGCCACGGAUUCCAUCAUUGAAGCCAAUAUUGUGCCCCGGAUUUGCAACAUUUUAGUUAAUGGACCUCUUCAAUUGAAAACGCAUGCUAUUGAUUGUAUAUAUAUAUGUGUUACUAGAAGCAUGGAAAUUGACGAUCCUCUUUGGGCUACAGUAGAAGAAUUGCUUUCGUCUGAGGGCCUAUAUACUCUUCAUCAAGUAUAUUCAAACAUAUCUCAGUCGAUACAAAUUGAUGACUUAUCUUCUUCUUCUGGUGAAUACAUCUUGCUUAAGAAACUUGCCGAAACCAUCGUUGCUCUUGGACAAUACAACUAUUUGGAUUCUAGUCGUCGAAAAGCUAUUAACCUGGACUUCUUAGACACUUACUCUGCUUUGAUCCUUGAAAUUAUGAGGCAUCCGAGCUUAUUAAUUAGUGCCAUUUCUCAACACUUUUGGGUCUUAGCUUUAAGGGAUCCUUUAAUAUCGAAACACGAUAAAUUCCAACAAGUUUACCCUCAGCUACUCAGUAUCGCUUCAGAACGAUUACUUCGUUUCGAAGAUGCUGUGGUUGAUAUGAUUCCUAAGUCACCUAUAGCUAUAUUUCUAGCUGAAGACGUUGAGGGAGUUGCUGCUGUGCAUUCUUUUUGUGGUAAUUAUCGAAGAUUUAUGUUUGAUAUUGUUCGUCUCACAGUUUCCAUAAAGCCAUUAGAAUCUCUGAGCUGGGUUCAAAAUAAUUUUCAAAAUAUAUUGAUGAACAAUAUUAACCAGAUUCAAUCCGAAAUGGCUUUUUCAUCGAAAACAACUCCUCUUUAUUUGAUUAUGGAUGUUGGAUUUUCAACCAUAGAAGCUUCACUUCAUGGAAUCACACGCUGGAAUGAAAAUGUAACUGAUAGUUCAACCUAUGAACUUAUUUUACAAAGCUUGUUCUUAUGGUGCAAACAAUUAGUUGAGAUCGAGUUUAAGGAUCCUAUGCUUAUAACCCGACUUAUUAGUGUUUUAGUUUUGUUCACAUCAAUUUUGGCUCGUGAAAAUACAAAUCUGCUUGGAGUUGUUUUGGAGAAAAUCAUUUCUGCAGUUACUUACAAUAACUCACCCUCCUUGUACGGAUUUUCUGAUCUUCAGAAAGUCAAUGAAAUGCGAAGUAGGUGUUGCUUUGAAUUAGUCAGACUUGGAGAAUUAAUGCCAAAUCCAUUGAUGAAUAUAUUUGAUCAGCUACAGAGCACUAUUGACCAACUUGGCACGUUUACGACUCUUAGCGGUUCAGAAAUUGUGAUGUUGAAAACAUUUUUAUUUGUAAUUUCUCAAUUCUCCGAUAUCAAUCAUACUCUCAAAAAUGAGUUUUUCGAAAAGUUGGUAGGUCCUGUUGUCUCCACCUGGCUCGAUGCGCAACCUCCUGUAAGUACUCCGGUGGAAUUUUUAAACCACGUGAAACUGCCUCAAAUGUCCGAAUAUCUGUUUGCAAAAUAUCCCUAUAAUGCGGAUUAUACGAAGUUUGAGCUGGAUGCAGAUGCAUCUUCUUUUCAAACGGAUUUGGAAGACAGCCGGAAAUGGUUAUGGCCCAUUAAAUGUUUAGGUAGGUUCUGUGAAGCUACGUACAGCAAUAGACGGAUACAUCCUUCUGAAUUUGAUGAACAAAAAACUUUAUGGUUGGUGAUCCUUCCGAACAUCGUUCCUGGAUUAUUAAAAUUAAUUGAGCAAUUGCACUGCUGCUACGAUCCCUCUUUUAUCUCCUCGUUAGGAACACGUAAUUCUACGAUACUCCAAAAAAGUAUAGUUGAACGAUUUUGGCUUCAUGGUGUUAGCCAAAUUUCCAAGCAUCAAUUCCUGGAAGAAUCAUAUAAAAUGGAUGUUUCUGCAAACAAGCUAAUACAUUCCUUUGGACAUUUCUUGCGCCGACUGAGAGAGUAUUGUUAUGGUGCAAUCGCUUCCUUCAUGAGACUUGGGGAACCAUUCUUCGCAAUCCCUGGUUUAUCAACCGCUUUCCUUACUUCAUUUUUUAACCAUGCUUCUGGUUUGAGUCUUCACCAAUGGACAUCUGUUGUCAAUGUUAUUAUCAAACCAUACUGUCUGCAUUGUCCCCCUGAGCUCCGUGAUGAUUGUUUAUUACCGCUUCUUCCUCCGUUGCUUUCUGAAUUGGAUCGGAAAUUGGUGAAUGAAUGGCGAAGUAUAACCGAGAGAGGACUUCUUGUUGAAGAAGAUACUGAGGAAACAGAAGAUCUUUCGGAAGAAAUGAUUGAAGAAUCUUUACUUCGUCAUCUUACAUAUGCUACAGCGAAGCUGAUUACGGAAACGUUUUUACAAAUUACACCUACACAAUCUCGUUCAACGAUCACUUCAGACUUCGUGGAGAAAGAGUCAUCGACCAGUGGAUCUUCCAAGCUAUCUGAUUAUGUAUUGGAUAAUGCGAUCAUCUGUGAACCCCUUCUAAGCACACUUUGCCAUUUGCUAGUUAUCCAUGAUUCGAGAACAGUUACGCUUGUUGUGAAUGCUUUCAUAGCUAUUGUUCCUUUACUGGUCUCAGAGCGUACCCAUUCGAUAGUCCGAGAAUUCGUUUGUCAAAAAGUGUUUCAAACUAUUAUAAUGGCUAUCAAUGAUUCUUACUUUGAGCAAUUGCAGUCUGACUUUAUCCGUCUGGCUUGUAUAAUUCUUUCUUACUCUCAAGGAAUUACAGACUCAUCCUUUAGAGUCUUGGCAAGUAUUCCAGCUUUGGCAUCACAGGAAAAUUUGUUAAGUACAUUCGCGAAUAGAUUCCGCGAAGCAUCUACGUUGAAAAUCCAGAAAGCAUUACUUAUGAGAUUACUUAAUUCCGGACGAAUUGUACCGAGAACUGAUAGAAGAGCUAUGAACUCAGCUGUGCUUGAUGUGAGCGCUAAAGAAAUGUUGAAACGAUUCGAAAAAAGUGUUAGUCUACAAGAUGAUACAAACAAGGGUGAUAUUCUUUCGAAAGAUGAGGAUACUGGGUUGGCUAAUCUCUUUGGUUAAUAAAAGAAAGGAAAUUAAAUAAUAAUUGCCUUUAACAUGGUUAUCUAAAUGUACAUUGUUAAAGCAAUUGGAUAUGAUGAACACCCGAAGCUUCUUUGGAUGUAAUCUAAUGUGAUAUGUUGCGAUGGUUAAAAACUCAUAUUUUUAUAAUCAUUUUAUUUAGUUUAUUUUUAGUUGCUAUACCUAUGGAAAUACUAGUAACGAAUAAAAAUACUAC